ACGAGCGAGGCAGAGCGGCAGGGCACACCCGAAGUACAAAGAGCACACCAUACCCCAGACCACGGAGGAAUGCGCUCUCUCCCCGUUACCAAAACUUGAUAUCGUCAAGGCUACGCUGCUGGUGCGUGAAAAACAGGUGGAACGCCACCACCGUGACUCUACUUUUGCCGCUGUUUCCGAGGAGCGACGACUGCACACGUGCACUGCUAUAGCACCAUGCCGUGCGCCAAGAGGGACAAGAGCAAGAUUACACCUUUCCAAUCGCGGGUGUACGAAACAAUCAGUGGUAUCCCCGCAGGAAAGAUCUCAACAUACGGAGGAGUGGCGAAAGCUCUCAACUCCAGUGCUCGUGCUGUAGGUGGCGCUCUCAGGGGUAAUCCGUUCGCCCCCGUGGUUCCCUGCCAUCGCGUCGUCAUGGGUGACCUCACCAUCGGAGGUUUCAGUGGCAGCUUUGGAGAUUGUGCCGAUACGCGCCGCAAGAGGAAAAUGCUGGAAGAGGAAGGUGUGCGUUUCACUAAUGACAAGGUGUCCGGCAACGCAUUUGUGCACGUGUUCUCGAGCCCCCCAGCAGGAGUCGACAAGAAGACACCAUCGAGCGGAAAGAGGAAACGAAAGGCGCCAUCGACAGACGAAGAGGGAUUAAAAUAGAACCAUCCUUUUUGUCUUUUUCAACUUCAACUAGCUGCUCCCCCGGGCAGCAGAUUUUUUUGUUUUUAAUAGUAAUUAGCUGCUUGUUGUCUCGGCAUCACGUAAAGUAGGUGAGACAUCUCAUCAGUGUCGAAGGUGCCCACCCACGCCGUCUACCCCGCGCCACUAUGUAACUGUGUGCGCCACAGGCCAGAAGUUUCGUUGCGACACAUCGAGGUAUGGCAAGAAUGUAGUUCGUCAUGUAGCUCUUUUGAAAGAUGCGCAAUCCUCGGUGGAUUUCAGCCGUGUGCAGACGCCCGGAUCACCACCCUAUUUUCGCCUAUAUUACAAACGAGCGGGUCGUGGGUACAUGGAGGAUUAACACCACUGGUGUUUUGUGCCAAGGUGAAAGGAGAAGCGAAAAACCCCGGGGAGUCAGUGUGCGGACCAUUCAUGUUUUGUAGGUGCUCUGCUGCACGUACAUGCUGUGCCUCAUCCAAGCCUUACCGGGGGCACAACAUGUGGGCCACCAGGGGC